AUGAAGUGCAUUUAUGUCAGUUGCAGCUCAGAGUGGAUUUAUCCAGUCGAUGAAGCGUUGGAAAAACAGUUGCGGCAGGUCGCCUACUUUUCCGGGACGGCCCAUCGGAAUCGAGUAGUAGCAGCACUUAUGGAGCAGGACGAGGGUGCAUUCGUCAUCCGACUUUCAGAAUCAAGAAGGAGGUGUCUAGCACUGAGUGUUCGAGUACCAUUCAGCCACAAUUCGACCGGCAUAGCACACUACCUCAUCAUUCGAAAUGACAAAGGAUUCAAACUAAAAGUUCGGCCUCUCCUGUUUUCACUGUUCCCUUUUGUAAACUCAGAGUGGAUUUAUCCAGUCGAUGAAGCAUUGGAAAAACAGUUGCGGCAAGUCGCCUACUUUUCCGGGACGGCCCAUCGGAAUCGAGUAGUAGCAGCACUUAUGGAGCAGGACGAGGGUGCAUUCGUCAUCCGACUUUCAGAAUCAAGAAGGAGGUGUCUAGCACUGAGUGUUCGAGUACCAUUCAGCCACAAUUCGACCGGCAUAGCACACUACCUCAUCAUUCGAAAUGACAAAGGAUUCAAACUAAAAGGUCCGAACAAGUACUUCCAGUCAAUUCCGAUGCUGGUAACACAUCACUCGGUGAUGCCCGAACAGCUUCCCUGUCGCCUGAUGUUCGUGCACUGGGGUAAUACAUGGAAAAGCGAAACGAACAACAAUUACGAAUAUCCGCCGUGUGAUUAA